AUGGCGCCUUAUGAAGCCUUAUACGGAAGAAAAUGUAGAUCGCCGCUCUAUUGGGAUGAAGUUGGCGAGCGACGGGUGCUAGGACCCGAUGCAGUCGAGGAAAUGAUUGAAGUCGUUCGACAAAUUCGUGCGAGAAUAAAGGAAGCUCAGGACAGACAAAAGUCAUACGCUGACGUCCGACGGACCGACUUACAAUUCCAAGCCGGUGAUAAAGUCUUUCUCAAAGUGUCCCCGUCGAAAGGGAUAACACGUUUUGGUGUUAAAGGAAAAUUGAAACCACGUUUUAUCGGGCCUUACGAAAUUCUAGAAGGAAUAGGACCCGUAGCCUAUCGAUUGGCGCUACCGCCAAGUCUUGCAAACGUGCACAACGUCUUUCACGUAUCGCAGUUGCGAAAGUAUGUGUUUGAUCCAAAGCAUGUGAUUCACUACGAAGAAGUCGCGUUGAAUUCCGACUUGAGCUAUGAAGAGAGACCCCAAAUGAUCUUGGACCGGAAGGUUCAGAAUUUGAGAAAUAAAUCCAUUGCUAGCGUGAAAGUGCUAUGGAGGAACCACGAUUAUGAAGAAGCCACAUGGGAGCUUGAGGACAAGAUGAAGGAACUGUACCCGGAACUUUUUCCAUGA